CACCACUCUCCUCUCUGUCAUGGUGUUAAUAUUUACCCGCUGGUUAAUCUCAGGGGAUCUAGUGUCUGUAUCGUGUGCAGGAGUUUCUAACAAGUUGUUUUGGGGUGGAAAAAAGACAGUUUUCAUCCACCUCGAGUACAAAUGACUGAUUUUUUUGAAAGUUGUAGAUAAUGUGUAUAUAGAGGAGAUUAAAGUUUCAUCCCUUCCGACUUCUGAAGAGAUUCCUGCGAUGGCACCGGAGCUGCUGACUGUCAUUGUGGCUUCAGCGUCCUGUGUAGUGUUUUGUUUAGUGACCCUGAUGCUGAUGGUGGUCCUGUACAGAAAAGGUCCUCUCUGCUGCCGAUUCAGACCCUACAGCACAGAAGACUACACAGAGGAUGCUCCCCACUAUCCCCAUUACCACAGCAGGCACUCUCUGAUUGGCAUCGCCGAUAAUGAACACAGUGCCGCCGUGAACCAGGGAGCCAUCGGACCCCAGUUUCCUGGAGGGCUGUUUAUAAUAGGGAAGCCAAACGACUACCACCUGAACGGGGCUCUGCCGAGGCUGCCUUCCUACGAGAGCGUUCGUGUGAAGGACCGGCAAAGGCAGAUCCACAGUAUGCUCUCACAGCGCUUCGGUCUCAGUGGCUGCAACGAUGAGGCUCCACCAACAUAUGAAGAAACCCUUCGCCAGUCCCUCGAAAUUUUACCUGCGAAUCUGCGAUCUCUGGAUGUUCAUCUGUCAAUCCACCCCCAGGAUCACUCCUCAAACCUCAAUGAAGACACACACAACCCCACUCAACCGCCCACAGCACUCCAGGAACCAUCUUCCUCCUACUACCCAGCACAGAGCUUCAGUUUUCUGUCUAUCUGAUGGUCCUAUGGAGUUCGUUGCCAAGACACAGCAUGAGGAAGAGGGCCCCAGUUCUUAGAGCCAAGCGAGUGACGCCAUCAAGGACAAAAGUUUUCGGGAAGGGGAAUGCUUGUGCUUUGUGGCAGAGAUGUUGAUAGAUCUCUGUGAUUCUGCUUGGAGGUAUUCUCAUGAUAAUGACUGACUGGCUGGCUGUACACUCCCCAAGGGUGACAAUGACACGUCUGUGUUGUCCGUUCAAUAAAGUGCUCCAUGCAGGGAUGACAUAUUUUUUUAGGCCAACCAGGAAGUUAGCAUCGCCCUGGGUUCUCUUGACAAAAAGUCAAUGUGAUUUUUUCCAUUUGGUUUUAGAUUAUUGCAGAAAAUAAGCUCUGUGU